CCCAGUCAGUACACCAGGCCUUGAUUUAUAUGUCUUAAAAACCCUAAGCAGCUCCCAAAGCAGGCUGUGUCCCUGGAGAGGACUAGAGGAGUUAAAAGUCCUUGGCAACAUUCAGCCUUUUUAGGGAAACAAGAGCAGAAAAGCAAGGCAGAGUGCGAAGAGACAUAUAGUAGCAGACAGACUGACCGACUCCUUUGGCUGCUUAAUUGAGUGGAAGUGCAUUUUCCCUGGUAAUUGCUGGAUAUCCAAGUAUUUCAUCUAACAUGAAGGUGCUGGGAAUGUUUCUGUUGCUGGAAGUUUCAGGCUUCUUUUCCACUUUUUCCAGCCCUUCCUCUCCAGUCCACUGCAGCUGGAAUUCUUUUGGCCCUUGGUCUGAGUGCAAUGGCUGUACUCAAAACCAGAUUCGUAGACGGACAGUAGCAGUUUAUGGCCAGUAUGGGGGAAACCCCUGCUCUGGGGAUGCCUUUGAAACAAGACCAUGCACCACCACAGGGGGAUGCCCAACAGAGGAUGGCUGUGGUGAUCGUUUCAGGUGUUACUCAGGUCAGUGCAUUAGCAGAUCUCUUGUAUGCAAUGGAGAUCAGGAUUGUGAGGAGGAUGGUGCAGAUGAAGAUCGAUGUGAAGAGAAGAAGACUGUAUGUGAUAUUGAUAAAACCCCUCCGAAUUCAGAACUUACAGGAACAGGUUUUGAUGCCAUUACUGGUGAUACAAGGGGAAGAGUCAUUCAUACAAAAAGCUUUGCAGGACAGUGCAGAAAGGUCUUCAGUGGUGAUAGGAGAGAAUACUACAGGCUUAGUGAAAGUGUUCUUGCUUAUACUUUUCAGGUUAAAAUUCAGAAUGAUUUCAGUUACGAGUUUUUCAACAGCAGCUGGUCUUACAUGAAACACACAGAGAGGUAUGAAAACUCAAACCAUGGGCACAGUUAUUCACAGAAUAAAAUUCUGCAGCACAGCCAAAAGAGUAAGCAGCUGAUGGUUGUUGAGAACAGCAUGGAAGUUGCCCAGUUUAUUAACAACCACCCAGAAUUUCUUACUCUUGCGGAGUCCUUCUGGAGGGAACUGGCCAACCUUCCAGUCGUCUAUGAGUACAAUGCCUACCGAAGACUUAUUGAACAUUUUGGGACUCAUUUCUUGCACUCUGGAUCUCUAGGAGGAUAUUACAAAAUUAUUUUUUAUAUGGAUACUGACAAAAUGAAAGCAGAAGGUAUGACUAUAACAGACAUGUACGACUGCACCACAUCAGGUUGGAAUGCAUUCAUUGUGAAAAAGAAGAAAGUAAAGUGCUCCAAACUGGAUGAACUGCUACAGACUUCUUCAGGAAGCAGUGGUAGUAAGAUUAAAGGAGACCCCUACAUAGAAGGAGGAAGCCCAGGUGCUGUUGCCAGCCUUAAUUAUCUAGAGCUUAAUGAUCCUGCUGGCAAUAGUCAGAGAUAUUCGUUUUGGGCUGGAUCAGUGACAGACUAUCCCAGAGUAAUUAAACAAAAGCUAACACCAUUAUAUGAGCUGGUAAAGGAAGUGCCCUGCUCCUCAGUCAAAAAGCAUUACUUAAAACAAGCCAUUGAAGAAUAUAUGGCUGAAAAUGAUCCCUGCAAAUGUCAGCCUUGCCAGAAUGGUGGUGAGGCAGCCAUGGAAGGAACUCAGUGCAUGUGUUACUGCAAGCCUUACACCUUUGGAGCAGCUUGUGAGCUGGGAAGACUCGUGCAAGAUCAGCCAGGUGUUGUUGAUGGACGCUGGAGCUGCUGGUCUUCCUGGAGUCCUUGUUCAGGGGGAAGGAAAUCAAGGAGUCGGAGCUGCAACAAUCCAUCCCCCCAUGGCAAUGGGAAGGCCUGCAUAGGAGAGCAGCAUGAAAGCAGAUCAUGUGAAGAUGAGGAGUUGCAGCAUUUUCGCUUGAUUGAACCACACUGUUUUGAUUUAUCCAUAACUCCCACAGAGUUCUGUUCACCUCCUCCUCUCUUGGAAAAUGGAUUUGUUCAAAAUGCUGAAAACUUAUACCCUGCUGGGAAAAGCAUUGUUUAUGCUUGCAGGCAUGGAUAUUCUCUUGUUGGGGACCCUGUUGCUAAGUGUGGCAGUAAUUUACAGUGGCAAGUUGGAGACAGAUAUUGCCAGGAAACUGCUUGUCUUCCUCCCGUCCUUGAGGGGGGCUUGCAAGGAGAGCUAUGGAAACCUGCGUAUGAGAUCGGUGAGAGAAUAACUCUGUCUUGUCCACAUGGAAUGCACUUAGAAGGGGCACACUCCAUUUUGUGCGAGCCCAGUCUCAAGUGGUCUCCUGCCUUGAAGACUAUCCAGUGCAAGAGACCAGAGCCUAGCAUGAAACCAGAAGUGACAGAGCCUAAAUGUCAACCAUGGGAAAAAAUACAUCAGUCGCAAUGUGUGUGCAAAAUGCCCUAUGAGUGUGGUCCUUCUCUGGACACCUGUGCUACAGAUCAAAGAACCAAGAGAAACACACAUUUAACUGUUUGCAAGAUGCAUGCCUUGGAGUGCAUGGGCAGAAAAUAUUCUCUUACUGAUGAAGAAAACUGCAAAGUACCUCAGGCAGCUGAGAUAUCGUGUGGAUUGUGCCGUCCAUGGGAAAAAUGUGAUGCACAAUCCAACAGCUGUGUUUGUGACAAAGAUGGGCCAUGCGAGGAGGGAGGCAUCCAGAUCUGUGCUGAAGUGGGUGGUUCUGCUGCCCAUCGGACCAUGACCGAGUGUGAGGCUGGGAAGCUCAGAUGCCAGGGGAAGACUGUCACCCUUGUCAGCGUAAGGCCCUGCGAGGUACAAAGCAAAUAAGAUAUGUUAUGGUUCAUUUUGCUUGUUGCCAUGGGAUAUGUCAAAAUGUGUCAACUCAUGGGCAGGACAUACUUUAAACUUUGCGCUAUCAAAUGUAAGCUCUACUGUGCAGUCCUCUGCAGCUGAUGAGAGUGUGUAUUGCUUCUGGUGGGCUCUGAAUCAGGGCCCAAAGCUUUUCAUUAGGCAGAGCUGCACUUGCCACUACUGCUCAUGACAGGGGUCUUCCUUAGGCCCCAGACUGAGCACUGCAAGCUUAGUUCACGUUUCCAUCAUAACUAAAAAAUAUUGCUGAAGUGCGACUGCCAAAGUGGCAUUUAUAGUGAUGGGUUACAGUGUCUAACAUUGUAAAUACACUUUUAUUAAAGUCACACGAACGUAUGCAUGCGUGGAGUAGAUUUAGAUU